UCGCUGUCGAAGCCUCUCAUUCCCGAGGCUCAUCACCAGCUUACCGGCGCUGGAAGACUCAUUCAUGACCGCUCAUCGAAAGCCCUCCGCCGCUGCCGCCCCCCCGUUAGACGACGACCUCUUCUCCUAUUACUUCUCCUUCUUCAACGACGGUGCCGCCCCCUCGGCCAUGGACCCCAACCCCGGGAAGCGCCCUCGGGCGGAUGACCCCUCGUCGAGCCGGCGGCACGUCUUUUCGAAGCCCUCCGAGUCCUCCUCUCCCUCGCCGUCGUCCGCUGACGAGGAGGACGAGGCGCUACAGAGGCCGGAGCUGCUGCCGCCGCAGCCCCAGCAGCAGCAGCGCCGGGUAUGGGUCAGGGACCGGUCCAGCGACUGGUGGGACCGGUACAUCGACCCGGAGCUCCCGGACAUUGAGUUCCGGCGCGCCUUCCGGAUGUCUCGCGCCACCUUUGACUUCCUCUGUGACGAGCUCGGCUCCGCCGUGGCCAAGGAGGACACCGCGCUCCGCGCCGCUAUCCCCGUGCGGCAGCGCGUGGCUGUAUGCGUGUGGCGCCUCGCCACCGGCGAGCCCCUCCGGCUCGUCUCCCGGCGCUUCGGCCUCGGAAUCUCCACCUGCCACAAGCUCGUGCUCGAGGUAUGCGCCGCCAUCCGGAACGUGCUGAUGCCGCGGUCGCUCGCCUGGCCCGACUCGGCCGGAGCAGCCGCCGCCGCUGCCCGCUUCGAGGCCCUCUCCGGAAUCCCCAACGUGGUCGGCGCCAUGUACACCACCCAUAUCCCCGUCAUUGCCCCCAGAGUCAGCGUCGCCGCCUACUUCAACCGCCGCCACACCGAGCGCAACCAGAAGAGCUCCUACACCGUCACCCUCCAAGGCGUCGUCGACCCCGACGGCGUCUUCACCGACGUCUGCAUCGGUUGGCCCGGGUCGAUGCCCGACGACCAGGUCCUCGAGAAGUCAGCACUCUACCAGCGCGCCAACAGCGGCCUCCUGAACAACCAAUGGAUCGUCGGCGGGACCGGCCACGCUCUGCUGGACUGGGUGCUCGUCCCCUACGCCCAGUCCAACCUGACGUGGGCGCAGCACGCCUUCAACGAGAAGGUCGGGGCGGUGCAGCGGGUGGCGAAGGAUGCCUUCGCCAGGCUGAAGGGGAGGUGGGGAUGCCUGCAGAAGAGGACUGAGGUGAAGCUGAAGGAUCUCCCGGUGGUGCUGGGGGCCUGCUGCGUCCUCCACAACCUAUGCGAGAUGAGGAAGGAGGAGAUGGAGCCGGAGCUACGGUUCGAGCUGCUGGACGACGAGAUGGUAGCCGACAACGGCCUCCGCUCCUUCAGCGCCAUUCACUUCAGGGAUAGCAUCGCCCACAACCUUUUCCACCAUGGGCUCUCAGGAACGUCCUUCUUAUAGGCUUCCAAGGACCGUAAUGGCAAUAUAUAUAUAUAUAUAUAUAUAUAUAGUGGAGGUGGAUCCAAGUGUUUUCUCACGUUAAACACUGAUAAGAUCCAUCAUUUAUUUGGUGCAAGCAUUCUGAUCCAAUAUAAAUUAUCCCUUCGAAACCUCGUGCUGGAUUAUUCGGGUUGCACGAUCAA